UUCAUCAGCUGAACUCUAACUUCCUUUCUCCCCUUCUCUGUUCCUGCUAACCCUAAACACAUUACAGGAGUGAGUGAGUAUCAACACAAUUUGAUCUUCGGUUGUGUGAUUGAAUUUCGAUCGUCUCGUCUUCAUCAACGACAAUGAUCUCAACAAUGUUUGAUAGCAGCAAGCCAGUUUUAUCUGCAGUGGCCUCAAUUAUGCUAAUGCAAACGGUCGCGAAUGAACUCAUUCCUCGUGAACUCCUAAACUUUGUUCAAUCGGGACUUAGCCAUCUUUUUUGCCAAUCCCCCACACGAUUCACCGUAGUCGUUGAAGAAUUUCAAGGGAUGAGAAGAAACCAUGUUUUUGAGGCUGCAGAAGCCUAUCUAGGAACUAAAGCAACUGUCUCAGUAGAAAGAGUUAAAGCAGGCAAAUCUGAAGAUCAUAAAAAGCUUGAAUUCAAUAUUGAUAGAAAUGAAGAAGUGAGUGAUGUUUUUGAAGGUAUUAGUGUAAAGUGGAAACUAAUUUGCAUACAGGUAGACAAGUCGCGGAUUCGAAGUUACAGUGAUGACUCCUCAGCCGUGUCAGAAAUAAGAUCCUAUGAGCUAACUUUUCACAAGAAACACAAGAACAAGAUUUUCGAUUCAUAUUUGCCUUAUGUGAUUGAGAUAGCUAAUCAAAUGAAACAAGGAAACAUGGCAAUCAAGAUUCGCUCAAAUAAUGAAUAUGAUGACUAUGAAUAUAAAUAUGUUUGGAAUCACGAACCUGUUAAGUUCAACCAUCCAAUGAGUUUCAACACUCUUGCAAUUGAUGAAGGGCUUCAAAGGGAUAUUAUGAAUGAUUUGGACAAAUUUGUGAGUGCUAGAGAGUUUUAUAGAAGAACCGGCAAAGCUUGGAAACGCGGUUACUUGUUGUACGGUCCUCCUGGUACUGGAAAGUCUAGCUUGAUUGCAGCCAUGGCUAACUAUCUCAACUAUGAUAUCUAUGACUUGGAUCUCACUAAUGUAGAGGAUAAUAAGAGCUUGAAGCAACUUAUUCUUGACAUUCCCAAUCGUUCUAUACUUGUGAUAGAGGAUAUUGAUUGCAAUAUAAAUUUGCAGAACCGAGAAGAAGAGAAAGAAGUUAAUGGAGACAAUAAGGUGACACUUUCAGGACUAUUGAAUGCUGUUGAUGGUCUUUGGUCAUGCUGCGGAGAAGAACACAUAAUUGUAUUCACAACAAAUCACAAAGACAGGCUUGAUCCUGCUCUAUUAAGACCUGGUAGAAUGGACAAGCACAUUCACUUGUCAUAUUGCAACUUUUCUGCUUUUAAGAAAUUGGUUAUUAACUACCUCUGCAUUACUGAACAUGAACUCUUUGAAAAGAUUGAACAGCUUCUAGGACAAGUUCAAGUUACUCCAGCUGAAAUUGCUGAAGAGCUAACGAAGGAUUGUGAUGCUACAGAAUGCCUACAAGACCUUAUUGAAUCCCUCCAAGCCAAGAAAAUGAUCAAGGAAGAGAUGAUAGAAUGAAGAAAAUAUCAAAGAAGAACAUGAACUAGAUAGAGAAAAUAUAUAGGUCAUGUUUGGCUCCCUAUAAACUGUAAGCUAUUCUAAGUAGAUACUUUGUUCUAUAGUUUUAUAUGUAUCUUGAGACUUCACAUUAUAUUAAGUUGAGGCUCUAUUUUCAUAUCAAGUAUUAAAUAUCAAAGCUUUUCGAUUUUAUUUUUAAUA